GUGUCCCGGGGUCCUUUAAGGGGGUCCCGUGGUGCUGACCGCCCCCCCCCCCCUCCCACCAGGAGCUUCCUGUGCCGGGAGGACAUCGGCAUCAUCCUGAUCAACCAGUGCAUCGCCGAGCUGAUCCGGCACGCCAUCGAGGCGCACACGCGCUCGCUGCCGGCCGUGCUGGAGAUCCCCUCCAAGGAGCACCCCUACGACGCCGCCAAGGACUCGGUGCUGCGCCGCGCCCGCGGCAUGUUCACCGCCGACGACCUGCGCUAGCUGGCCUGCUGCCGCCGGUGACGCCGCCGGUGACGCCGGUGACGCCGCCGGUGACACUGGUGGCGCCGCCGGCGCCCGCGCCCGGCCGGAUGGCACCGGUGCCGCCCGGCGCACCCAGCACCCAGCCGGCCACCGGCGGCGCCGCGGUGAUGCCGAGGGCGCCGCGGUGACCCACGGGUGUUUAUUGUGCCCCCCCCCCACGCCGUGUCAUUGUGCCCCCCCCCCCCCCCCCCCUUAUCGUUGUCCCCAACACGAGGCGCCCGUCACCGCC